AUGGGAAAUGAAGAAUCAUUGCCAGAACUUGACAUUACACAUCUAGUUGUUUCUGAGCGUGAUCAUCUUCUUGAACGAUUACCAUACUAUAUUCCACCAAAACACCCUGUUGAAACACUUGACUUACAAAACAAUCGUCUUUGUCGUUUACCAUUUGGCUUAGAAUCAUUAAAGAACUUGAAUUUCAGCCAGAACUACUUCAAAGUGUGGACAAAACCCAUUUUGAUUUCAUUAAGUUCAUACCCAAUGUUAUGUGAACUUAACUUGUCAUUUAACAAACUUCGCGAACUUCCAUCAUCCUUAAACUCCCUUAAAAACGUUCACACCCUUACAUUACAUCAUAAUAAAAUCAAAGAAUUCAACCUUUUUCUUCCAAAGUUAGCAAAACUUGACUUGAUGUGCAACAAACUUACUAAAUUCAGUACAAAUUCUAAUACACUUACACACGUUAACCUUAAUUUCAACUUUCUUCGCGAAAUUGAAUUCAGUUGUCCUACGUUAAUUCAAUUACUUUGUUGUGGUAAUUCAAUCAACAAAAUCAGCGAUUCAUGUUACUUCCCAUCACUCGUUCUUCUUAAUCUUUCACAUAACAAUCUUCACGAAAUCAAACGUUUCAACGAAAAGUUUCCAAACUGUUCACAGUUCUCAGUUUCAUAUAAUUUCAUGACCGAAUUACCACAUCCACUUCCUAUUGGCACUAUUACUAUCAUUGCAUCCGACAACUACAUCACAAGUCUCCCAGAAUCCAUUUCAUCACUUGGAAAACUUAUUUCUCUUAUUGUUGAUCACAACUACUUAGAACGAUUACCUUCAUUACCAUCUACGAUUGAGAAACUUGUUAUUGACAACAAUCGUCUUCAAGACAGUCAAUCUAUUUGUGGUACAAUCAAACAACUUCAAAUCAGCCAUAACUCAUUCAGUUGUAUUCCAGAUUUCUCUAAUUCAUCUAUUUUCAUGUUUUGUUGUAGUUAUAAUCCUAUUUCAUCUAUCAAAACAAGUUUCAUCUUUCUUAGUGUUCAACGUCUUGAUUUCACAUCAUGCAACAUCACAGAGAUUCAUCCUUCUCUUUUCCGAUUACCACAAUUAAAACAUUUAAUCCUGACAAACAACAAAAUCAAAGUUAUUCCAAGAGAAAUUUGUAACAGCAGUCUUUCAGUCCUUAUUUUGAGUCAGAAUCCUAUUGAAUACAUCAUAAGUCUUCCAUUGACAUUGCAACGAUUGUAUCUUUGCCAAUGUUCAUUGAAAACAUUCCCCUCAUGCAUUCAAGAAUUACGUAAAUUGCAGUACUUAGAUAUUUCAAGCAAUUUUCUGAAUGAUUUUCCAAGCAAUAUUAAUUAUGUUUUUAUCAAUGCAUCAUGUAACAAUAUUUCAGUAUUUCCUACACUUUCCGACAGUGUUAAAAUUGCAUAUUUCUCACAUAACAAUAUUGACGAAUUUCAUAUUUCAUCGGAAUUCAGCAGUUUACAAGAAUUAGAUGUUUCACAUAAUUUUCUUCAUUCAAUUGAUAUUCAUUCACUUAAGAACUUGCAUAUCUUUAAUCUCUCAGAUAAUCCAGAACUUUCAGGUAAAUUAGAUUUAUCAAAAUUCCCAUCAUUGUCUACUCUUGACAUUGUAAAUACAAAUCUUGAAAUUGAAUUUGAUGACAUUGAUGAUUCUCCAUUACGAGAUCUUUUUUGUUCACAAACAUUUGAUUUUCCGAUUAAACAACAUUUACAAAUUGAUUCAAGUAAAUGUUUUGGAUAUUGUGAGAUGAAAGGCAUGCGAGAAACUAUGGAAGACUCAUUAAUUAUUCGAACAAACAUUUGUAAUGGAUAUGAUUUAUUUGCAGUUAUGGAUGGCCAUGCAGGUAAUUUUACUUCUUCUUUUGUUAGUCGGACAUUUCCAGCAAUGAUAUCUUCUCUGGAUGAAAUCACAAUUGAGAAAGUUGCACAAAGAAUUAAAGAUCUAAAUGAAGAAAUCCGAAAACAGAAUUUUAAGGAUGGAACAACACUUGUCGCAAUAUUAAAGAAAGAAGAUCAAAUUCUUUGCUUCAAUUUGGGAGAUUCUAGAGCAAUAAUAGUAAAAAUGGAUGGAAGUAUCUUUCCUUUGACAUAUGAUCAUAAACCAGAUGGCAUAGAAGAGUUCGACAGGAUCAGGGAAAAGGGUGGAUUCGUUAUUGAUAAGCGGACAUCAGGAAUUUUGUCUAUGUCUAGAAGUUUGGGAGAUUUCUCUGUUAGAGGAAUAAUUUCUACGCCAAGUGUAAUCGAAUACAAAGCUCAACCAAAUGAUUUCAGGAUUGUUAUCGCAUGUGAUGGAUUAUACGAUGUCAUGACUAACGAAGAGAUCGGAUUGGUUGUUGCAAGUGAAGAAAAUGUUCAUAGAUGUUCUGCAACACUUCGGAACUUGGCAUUUACUAGAAUGUCUCAAGAUAAUAUUUCUGUGAUUGUUAUUGAUGUACACAAUCAUUCUGAAUAA